GCAUCUUCUUUUUUCCUGGUGGAAAGACUCCACGAGCCGCGUACUGUCCUUUUACUCUAUAACUUCACCAGAUGGGGAGAAAAAUUCCUGAAGGUGCUCCCUAAAUUCAGUUUGAAGCAAACGCUGGCCCUAGUGACCGAUUACAACUCUCUAAUGAAGGAUUUCCCAUUGAAUGAAUUGGUAUCGGCUUCCGAUUUGGACUCGAUCAAAAUUGCUCUGGGUAACGUCUUCGGGCAUAUGAAGAAGAUUAGAGCUACUAAGUAUCCAGUACUCGGUACUCGUCGUCUAAUGCAUAUUUCUAUUGUCGAAUUUGAUCAGCUUAUGAUGCAAUGUAUACAGUUGUUCAAUAAGUGGGAUGAUGAAUAUGACAGAUUUAUCGCUCUCCUUCGUGAUAUAUCAAAAAAGAAACGCGACGAACCUGUGAAACUUAUGUGGAAGGUGUUACCCCUGCACAAGAAGCUCGAAGGACGUCUUGUUCAGAUAAAGGCGUUCAGAAAGUUUGUUCUUCAGAUUGCUGUUUUCGUCAUUGACAGACGAUCUAAAGACGGAAAACCUCAUCUGCAUCUUAAAGUCAACUUUAGUCCGGAAAGCAUUGUGUUACACAAGGAGGUUCGAAAUCUGAAAAACAUGGGUUUCCGUAUCCCAUUGAAGGUGGUGAACGCUGCUCAUCAGGCCAAUCAGAUCUAUCCGUUUGCUAUCAGCUUGCUUGAGUCCACGCGGACCUACGAGUCAAUUAACGAGCGGCUUGCGCAAAAGACUGGAAUAGACACGUUGAUUGCAAGCUACAAGAAGGACAUACAGUCGCAAAUUGCUGAUGGCUAUCAGUUGAAUUGGGAGUCCUACAAGAUUGAUCCGUACGUCACUAAACUUGCUGACACGGUCAACAACUAUCAGGAGCGGGUUGAAGACCUGAUUCUCAUUGCUGACAAUAUCGAAGUUGAUUUGGCGGCAUUGGAUACAUGUCAAUAUAACGCUGUCACCAUUGGUGCGCAAUUGGCUUCUAUUCAGAAGUCAGUUGAUCAGCUGGCACUUGGCAACUAUUCGAAUUUGACACAGUGGGUGGAUAAGUUGGACAAGAAG